GCCUCAUAUUGACGCUCUGCUCUGCUCUGUUUUUUCUUUCUUUCAGAAUCUUCAACUUUUUUUUUGUUCUUUCAUAGUUUCAUUAAUGAAGUUCGAUCUCGAGAAUCCAUUAACGGCCUUCGAUGGAGACGACGAUGACGACAACGACGUUUCAGCUCUCUUCGCCGCCGAGUCCGAUCACACGCCGUCCUUCAAAUCUACCGACGUUCACUCUUCCAUUCGCAAUCACUGCUUCACUCUCAUUUCUCAAGCGCAAUUUUCGUGUGAUAUCGAUCGAUUUGCUGCAUAUCUAGCUGUCAAUUACAUCGAUCGGUUCCUAUCCAAGCAACUUAUUCUGGAGAAUAAGCCAUGGAUUAUACGAAUUCUCGUAACUGCUAGCCUUUCACUUGCUGCGAAGAUGAGGAACAUCAACAACUUACCGAUCUCUCAUAUCAUAAUUCCAGUAUCCAAUAAUUCAUCCUUGGAUCAAUCUGAACAUAGAGACAACGAAGGCUUAAUUUUCAAUUUGCAGUCAGUUCAUCGAAUGGAGAAUUUGAUUCUCACAACGCUCAAUUGGCGGUUACGUUCCAUCACGCCUUUUGCGUUUCUGCAAUUUUUCAACUCGUUGUUUGAACUCAGUAAUAACCAGUCACUCAGUCAAUCUCUCGAAGAUAGAGCUUCAGAUGUCAUCUUCAUCUCUCAUUACGAAAUUAAGCUUGUUGAGUACAAACCAUCAGUAUUAGCAUCAUCGGCAUUUCUGUGUGCAGCUCACGAGUUGAUUCCACAACAAGUUCCAUUUUUUUUAGAUGCAAUUAACUCCAAAUGUGGACACAUUUAUAAAGAGGAAGUUUUGAAUUGUUGGAAUGUAAUGCGUGAAGUUUCUGUGGAUGAAGUUGUUUGUUCUAGCUCGUUGACACCAAACAGUGUACUUGACCAAGAAAGUACAAGUGAGAAUGCAGAUAGGAACAAUAGCAAGAAGCGAAGAUUAAACGAUUUUCGAAAUAAUCAAACGUUCUAUAUUUCUCAGGUUCAACACUACUAAAUAAUUAGGGAUGACAAUGGGUGAUUUAGCCUUAACCUCUACUCCAUGUUGUUGGUGCUUACUAAAAAAUGUGAUGGUAACGUAGAGUGGAACAAUUGUGGAGAACAAAAUUAGAGGAAAUUUGUACUUCCUCCAAAGAUUAGCGGUUAUUUUGAUAUAUUUCUUUUAUAUAUAUAUAUAUUUAUUGAUUUAA